AUGGAUGGGAGAGGAGGAAACGAAUGGGCUGUGCGGCUACGGCGAAUGGACAGAGAACAGCAAACGAACAGUGACCAGCAAACAGGAAGAAAUCGCUGGGAGGGCAAGUGGGAGUUGAUGAUUCCUCCCAGAGGGCCAAAGCUGGGAGGUGAUAAAGGCACCGCGGCAGCGAAGCAGCAGCCCUGCUGGAACAAUCGCCAACGGCCAGGCUCAUGGACUUCAGUUGGGAAGAUUGGCUUCGGAUGGCCCGUUGACCUACCGCAUGUGCAAGAACGAGGUCUCGGCAACCGGCCAGAAAGGGCGAGUCGCUGGUAUCACAUCAAGCGCAUGGCUGCAGGUGCAGAGAAGGCCUCAGACGCCGCGAGAGCUUGGAACGACGAGGCAUCUGUUGAGUGA